CAAUCAGACGGAGUGGAUGAUGAAACGGCGUUAAAGUGGCGUUCUAAUCAAUUUUGCAGUUGAGCUCUGAUCAGACUAUUCACAUGUUCCUUUUCCUGUACACCACUCAGCAGUUAAAGGUGAGAUUUCAAAAUGAAUCUGGAAUUUUGUUGUUUAUUUUGUGUUUAUGAAACUGUUCUACAGUACAUUAACACUGACAGGGAAAAAAAUCCACAACGAGAUAUCAACAAUGACGAUCUGUUUUUUAUACUGCAGUAGAAAUGAGGACACAGUGAUGAGAGAUAAUCUGAGAAAGUAAAAAGGGAAGUGUGUGAGCAUGCACGCACACACACACACACACACACACACACAAUUUUAUAAGUUAGAAAUCGUUAUCAGAGAUCAUCUUACGAAAUCCUGUGCAUGCUUUGUUUUCCCUCGUAUAUAUGAAGCUUCCUCUUACCUCAGAGUCUUUCGAUGGAUCACGCGCUGUCUAUAAAAUGUCUGGAAGCUGAACCUGAACUUCACUGCAGUCUGAUUCCUGGACGUUCACUCGGAUUAGCGAUGUGUACAAACAGAGAGAUGUUCAACACCUGGAACAUGAGUUUUGGACUCAGUCAGAUCGGACUGGACCAAAUGACGAUAAACACUUUGCAUGUGACAUUUCCAUCAAAACCCGACUUCUCCUCCAGCACUUCCAGUGAAGAUUCCAGCUUCAGAUCCGAACUCGGCGAAGACACGGACACUCCACGUCUCCACCAUGAAGAGGAGAGUUCCAGGUGUUCGGGUCCGAAGACUCCGUCUCUUCGUACAGAACGCAGCUUCUCGUACGCCAAACUGCACAACGACGUGAGCGCUGCGUUAUUAAACGUGGAGUGUAAGAUAUGUGGAGAUCGAGCCUCGGGGUUUCACUACGGCGUCCACGCGUGCGAAGGAUGUAAGGGUUUCUUUCGGAGAACGGUGCGAUUAAGCCUGCGGUAUAAACACUGCAGCCGGAACUGUCCGGUCCACAAAAAGAGCCGGAACAAGUGUCAGUUCUGCCGGUUUAAGAAGUGUGUUUUGGCAGGAAUGUCUCACACCGCCAUUCGUUUCGGGAGAACGCCUCUAGCCGAGCGAGAGAAGAUGAUCACGGAGUUCCACACGGCCGUGCAUCAGCUGGAUCCGGAGUCAGAAAGACAGCAAGCGAUCGCCAGGAAUUUAUACGAUUCCUACCUCAAACACUUCCCAAUGACGAGGAGCAAAGCCAAAGCCAUUUUAUCAGGAAAAGACGGAGAAAACACGCUGUUCGUCAUCCACGAUAUGAAGUCCCUGACGGCCGUUGAGGAGAUCCUGAGGCGGAAGCAGCCGUCCGUGUCGGCUCUGUUCCCCGCCGCCGAGCUGGAGCUGUCCAUGUUCCGCCACGUGCAGUACGGCUCGGCCGAGGGCGUGCGCAAACUCACAGAGUUCGCCAAGAGCAUCCCGGGCUUCGUGGAGCUGGAGCUGAGCGAUCAGAUCACCAUGCUGAAGUACAGCGCCUUCGAGGUGAACAUCAUCCGCCUCAGUUACCUGACCAACAAGGACGGCGUGCUGAUGGCCGAGGGAUGGGCCUUCAUAACCCGAGAGUUCCUCAAGAGCCUCCGCAAACCGUUCUGUGACAUGAUGGAGACCAAGUUUGACUUCUUGGCUAAAUUUAGAGCGCUCGAGCUGGAGGACUGCGACCUGGCGCUCUUCAUCGCUGCAGUCAUCCUCUGUGGAGAUCGGCCGGGUUUGGUGAACUCGAAAGCCAUCGAGGCGCUCCAGGACGAGGUUCUCCAGGCUCUGGAGCUCCAGCUGAAGGUUCUCCACCCCGAGUCUCCUCACCUCUUCGCCAGACUGCUGCAGAAGAUGACGGACCUGCGGCCGCUGGUGGCCGAACACGUCCGCAACAUCCACCAGCUGAAGAAGAGCGAGCUGGACAUGUGUCUUCACCCGCUCUUAAUGGAGAUCAUGCGGGACCUCUACUAGAACCCAGAACAUGACCACGACCCGUCCUGGCUUCUCCAGUUAAUAAAUUAUAUUACUGACGUGGAUUUUAUACACGAGAGAGCAAUAAGAGCAUCAGUACACAGGAACUUACUCUCCACACUGUUCCAGAUUCUUCUUUUGGUUAAGAAUCCAGAGUUAUAAUCAAAACAAGAGCAAAUGCUUUAUUUGUUCUGAACAAAUAUUAAAUGAAGUCUUGUUUUGUUCCUGGAUAACACUCUGUUUCAGACUUUUAAAAAUCCAGAUUAAAAAAAGUAAAAGCAAGAUAGAGAUUAUUCAUUUAAAAAAAACUAAAGGUUCAUAUUUUUAAUAAAGAGGUUGAUCCAGAUUCUUUAAUAAAAGGGUGAAAAAAAUCCAGAUCAUUAAUAAAAAAAAAAAAAACACCGAAAAAGCAAGAUCCAGAUUAUUCCUUUAAACAAAAAAAGUUAAAAACCCCAGAUGAUUAAUUAAAAAAAAAAAAAAAACUAAACUAAAAAGCAAGAUAUUGGUUAUUAAUUCUAAAAAAAAAAAAGAUGAAAAGCAAGAACUAGAUUAUUCAUUUAAAAAAUGGACAAAAACAAGAUUCAGAUUAAAAAAAAAAAAAUAAAAAAAAAGAAAAUCAAUCUCCAGAGUAAUAAUUCUAAGAAAUAAAAAAAUUCAAAUUAUUCAUUUAAAAAAAAAAAAUGAAAAGCAAAAUUCAGAAUAUUUACUAAAAAUGUAAAAUGCAAGAUCCAAAUUAUUAUUUCAGAAAGAUUAAAAAUAAGAUGCUGAUUAUUCAUUAAUUAAAGAAAAUAAAAAUAAAUAAAUAAAUAAAUAAAACUAAACUUUUAGGUAGCUUUUGCUUAAAAAUUGCUUGAUGUGGUUCCACAAAAAAAGUCAUAAAAUAACAGAAAAAAAAAGUACAUUUUUUAAGAAAUCCAGAUUUUAUGAAUAUGCAAAUUAGAAGCAUAGCCAACCCUACAUGCCCCGCCCAUUUUUUGUUGCAUGGCCUGUAUUUGCAUACAGAAACAUGAUUGGCUCUUAUAUUUUAUGAUGCAAUAACAUUUGCAGUGGCAGUUUUUUCACUGUGAUGUGUCUGUUCACUUAAAUUAAUUUCUCCUGAAAGAAUUUAAUCAUAAAACAUUUUAUAAAGUUAAUGGUGAUGUUUAUAAAAAUUAAAGUGCAUUAUAAAGUC